UCUAAUUUGUUGAUUAACUAAUGCAUGUGGAACUUUUACAUACUUUCCCUAUAAAGAAGCUGAACUGGCAACGCAAAAAUCAUCCUGAAAAAAAUAUCUAUGGAGAAACAAGAUGUGUUUAGUCAACCACAAGUUUUGAGCUUAGAAUCAGGCUCAGUAAAGGAUGACCAAAUCAUGACUGACAUAACAAUUUCAGCUCACACUAUUGGCAACGAUUCAUGGCAGCAAGUUAGUUUGCUGCUCGUAACGAGCUUUAACUGUGGAUGGAUAUUGAGCUUUUCAAAUCUUAUGUUGGUGCCUCUAGGUUGGGUAUGGGGUGUUAUCAGCUUGGUUCUUGUUGGGUGGUUUAGUGGCUAUUCAAGCUGGCUAUUAGGAGAUUUUCAUAUCAUUCAAGGCUAGAGAUUCAUCAGAUAUAGAGACGUCAUGGGUUAUUUGUUUGGGAAAAAAAUGUACUAUGUCACAUUCAUAUUCCACUUUUCAACCUUCAUAUUGGGAAACAUGGGUUUUAUCCUUCAAGGAGGCAAAUCACUGAAGGUGUAUAUUCCGUAAAUUCUACUCCCUCCGUUUUUAAUAAAGUUUUGACGAAAAAUAUUCAUGAAAAUUAAGAAAAAUGAAUCUUUUUGACCUUCAAUAUAUUAUUUUAUCAAAUAAUAAAUUUGAUAGAAUGUUCACGGAAAUUAAGAAAAAUAAAAUUAUUUAGACAAUGAGUAUAUUAUUUUAUUAAAUAAUAAUUUUGAUGGAAUGUUCACGAAAAUUAGGAAGAAUAGAAUAUUUUGGA